GUCUUUGAAUAUACGCCUUGUGCAAUAAUCUAAGCCACGAGCACAGUUGACAACCAAUUCCCCCACUAGCUAGAAACAGCAAAAAGGCAAAAGCAUUAAGCAAACCAGUGUUGAUAGAUGCUAUCUUUUGAACCUAACCUCUCUUUAUCCUCAAGCAAAGUGCACCAUGGAAAGUCACUUCUAUAAAUACAGAAAGAAUAACUUUUAUUUCUUCAGCUAGCUAUAGCUUUAAAUUUUCCCUGCUUGAUGCAGCUGUUUCCACAAGUUUUAUCUUGCUCUUACAGUUGCAUUACCACUUGUUUGUGUAUGUUCCCUGUAUUUAGUUUGUGAUAUAGAGCUAUUGUAAUUCCAACAAAUCGAAGUCUUUGGAUCCAAUAACAGAGAGUAGAGGAUGAUGAUGCAGAAAAGGGCAGUUUUAUUAGUUGUUAUUCUCCUCCACAGCCAUGUAGUCUUUGCUACAGACCCAGAUCCAGUUCUGGACUUCUGCGUAGCCCCCAAAGCAUCUGCAAACAGUAACCACUCAUGCAAGAACUCAUCAGCCGUUACGGUGGAAGAUUUCACAUUCUCGGGCAUAAAAUUUCCUGGAAACUACAGCCAAACUGGCUUUUCAGCCAUGCCAGUGAAUUCAAAUGUCUUUCCAGGUUUAAACACGCUUGGCAUGUCAUUUGUGAGAGCAGACUUUGAUGUUGGUGGCAUCAACGUGCCACAUUUCCAUCCUAGAGCAACCGAGACUGCGUUUGUGCUGGAGGGGAGGAUUUAUUCGGGAUUUGUUGAUACAAGUAACAGGAUUUUUGCAAAAGUGGUUGAGAAAGGAGAGGUCAUGGUGUUCCCUAGAGGUCUGCUACACUUCCAGAUGAAUGUUGGAGAUACCCCAGCGAGUAUUUUGGGGAGUUUCAACAGCCAAAACCCGGGCUUGCAGAGAAUCCCAGCUUCAAUUUUCGGGUCUGGAAUCAAAGAAGAGCUUUUGGAGAAGGCUUUUGGAUUGAGUGCUAGGGAGAUCGCCAAAUUGAAGAAGAAAUUUGUUCCCCACUGAUUAAGCUAGAGGGUAGAAUGCAGUUGUGCCAACUAAUUUUUGAUAAAAAUUUAAUAAAAGUGUGGCACUGCAUGGUUUACGAGCUAAGUUAGAUUGUAGCAAUUUAUGCAUACAUGUAAUGACGAGAUUUAUCGUUGAUUUAUAAUAAAGUUCCAUUAGUGCA